AUAUUUCGUAAGACACCAUCUAUCUCCUCUGCUAAGCCCUCUCUCUCAAUUCAUCUUUGCCGUUUCCGAUGGCAUCAGCUGCAGCAAACACAGCUCUUUCAAGCGCAACCCUCGGCACGCGCUUCGUCCGGCGGCUCGAUGCCGGGCCGAGGACGGUGAGCCUGCGGAGCGCCCUGCCGCGCGCCGGUUGGGCGCUGUUCGAGCUGGAGGCCGGCCGGGGAAGGGUGACCGCCAUGGCAACCUACAAUGUGAAGCUGAUAACGCCGGAGGGCGAGCAGGUGUUCGAGUGCCCCGACGACGUCUAUAUCCUUGACAUGGGGGAAGAGCUGGCCUUCGACCUCCCGUACUCGUGCCGGGCGGGCUCCUGCUCGUCGUGCGCCGGCAAGAUAGUCGCCGGCGAGGUGGACCAGUCCGAAGGCAGCUACCUCACCGACGACCAGAUCGGGCAGCGCUUCGUGCUGACCUGCGUCGCCUACCCCAAGUCCGACGUCGUCAUCGAGACCCACAAGGAGGAGGAACUCUUGGGUUGAGAUCCGUACGUGGCAUGGACGGAUGGAACGUGGGAUGCCCGUCCCGCUUUGUUUAGCUUAAUUUAUGCCUUCGUUUGAUGAGAGCUCUUUGGGAAUUGAUGCGAGCUUGAGGUUAUGGUUAUCAUUAUCGUGUUAAUGAACUAGUAUUAGUGCAAUCUUAGAGACUACUUUGCUUCUUUCUC